AUGGCUUCCGUCGAAGACCUAGAUCGACACAUUGCGACGCUGCGCAACUGCGAAAUCAUUCCCGAACACGACGUGCGUCUUGUCUGCGACAAGGCCCGUGAGAUUCUUUUAGCCGAAGGCAACAUUGUGCACAUUGGUGCUCCUAUUACGAUAUGUGGAGACAUCCAUGGUCAACACUAUGAUUUGAUGGAGCUCUUUGAGGUCGCAGGCCAAAUGCCAGAGACCAACUAUCUGUUCAUGGGUGACUUUGUCGAUCGUGGUUACUAUUCGGUGGAAACCUUCCUUUUGCUGCUCCUUCUCAAGGUGCGAUAUCCGAACCGCAUGACUCUGCUUCGUGGCAACCAUGAGAGCCGCACCAUCACGCAGGUGUACGGCUUCUAUGAUGAGUGCAUGCGUAAGUACGGCAGCCCAACCGUGUGGCAACUGUGCACUGAGGUCUUUGACCUCCUGAGCCUGGCUGCAGUCAUCGACGAUAAGAUUUUGUGUGUGCACGGAGGCUUGUCACCCUCGAUCCAAUCCUUGGAUCAGAUCCGCACUAUUGAGCGCCAAGUGGAGGUUCCCUCUGAAGGCCCCAUGUGUGACCUGCUUUGGUCUGAUCCCCAUGGUGAAGAGCAAAGUGGCUGGUCUGUCAGUCCACGGGGUGCUGGAUUCUUGUUUGGCCCAGACGUGGUGGAAAUAUUCAAUCAACAGAAUGGCCUUGGUCUAAUUUGCCGCGCUCAUCAGCUCGUGAUGGAGGGUUUCAAGUGGCAUUUUCAACAACAAGCCUGCACUGUCUGGUCGGCUCCCAAUUAUUGCUACCGGUGCGGCAAUGUUGCGUCGGUGCUGCGCAUCGACGAACACCUUGAUCACAAGUUUGUCAUCUUCCAAGCCGCGCCAACGGAAAUACGCCACGCCGGGCAGCGCACGGUUCAAGAUUACUUUUUGUGAUCCAUUCUUAAACAUCACCCUCGCAACCCUGAUGACAUGCGCGCCAUUCCACACACCGCUCUGGGCCAAUACAACCGUGGCUCAGCCACGAGGGGAGAUGCUCCUCUAUUCACCCUACGUUGAUCACACACGCACACGCGCACACACGCACACACACCCUGCCGUGCCUUGUCAUUUGUACUUUUCAUCAUCCGUUUCAGUCAAUUCAGUCAAUCAAUUC